AUGAGCGCUGCAGGGUCGCCUGGGCGCGAAAAGUCGGCGCCUCAGCCGGAGGAGCCUGUCAAGUCAAUUGAGGAGGAAAGCACGAUCACGGACGAACAAUGGCUGGGAAUCUGGGACAUGCUGAUGGCCAUCUAUGACUUUCGUGAGCCCGAUGGCCACGACCCCUCCCGACUAUUUCACCGCAGCGUCAACAAGCGUAUUGUCCCAGAUUACUACGAUAUCAUCAAGGAACCUAUGGCCCUCAGUAUUGUCAAGGCUAGACUUAACAAGCGCGAGUACAAGAACGUCACCAACUGUGUGCGCGAUUUCGCCCUGAUUCCUCAUAAUGCACAAACCUACAACCGACCCAAAUCGCAAGCUUACGAAGAUGCGCUAGUGAUCAAAGAUGUCAUCAUCACCGAAUUGAAGAAGUUGGUUGAAAGAGGUCUACUCACUGCCCAAGAAGCUGAGUUGCCAGAUCUGGGCGAAAUUCCCGAAGCGGAUCCUCUUCCGGAGGAGGACGAUGAAGACGAGGAUGAUGACGAGGAUGAUGAGGACGAUUCUGACGAUGAUCGGCGCAAGAAGAAGCCAGGCCCCAAGCCAGGAUUCAAGCGUGGGAAUCAAAAGAAUGAGCCGGACUCUCGCAAGAAGCGUGGACGACCUCCCCGUGUCGAUACGCCCAUGGAAACGCGUAUCAAGACAAUCCUCAAGGGCAUUCGCAAAUUCAAAGGCCCAGAUGGCCAGCUCAAAAUUUCCCAUUUCGAACGGUUGCCCGAUAAGAUGUCGUACCCGGACUAUUACAUGGAGAUCAAGGAGCCCAUCGCUAUUGACAUUAUCAAGCGCAAGGCAAAGCGAAAGAAGUACAACUCGGUUGAUCACUUCAUGCGAGAUCUCGAUCUCAUGUUCAACAAUGCCCGGGCAUACAAUCAAUCUGAGUCUCGGAUCUACAAGGACGCCGUUGAUCUCCAGGUCGAGGCGCGCAAGUUGGCCGAACAAGAGAAGAAGAAGCCCGAUAGCGAGUAUCUGAUGGAGGAUGGUCGAUUCCCUCUGCCGGAUGGAAUUCUGCACCGGAAUGAGUUGUGGAAGGUUGGUGACUGGGUUCACAUUCAAAACCCCAAUGAUGUGUCAAAGCCAAUUGUCGCCCAAAUCUACCGCACCUGGCAAGAUUCGGAUGAUCAGAAGUGGAUCAAUGCGUGCUGGUAUUACCGGCCAGAGCAGACGGUGCAUCACUUCGAGAAGCACUUUUAUCCCAAUGAAGUCGUCAAAACUGGCCAAUACCGUGACCACCGUGUCGAGGAGAUUGUCGAUCGUUGCUUUGUUAUGUUCUUCACUCGUUACAGUCGAGGCCGCCCUCGUGAUCUGCCCCCUGACAAGCAGAUCUAUGUCUGCGAGGCACGAUACAAUGAAGAGAAGCACAAGCUCAACAAGAUCAAGACGUGGGCCAGUUGCUUACCGGAUGAGGUGCGCGAAAAGGAUUAUGAGAUGGAUCUGUUCGAUGUGCCGCGCAAAAUCAGAAAGGUUCCCAGUCCGAUUAAGCAUUUGCUUAAGAGUGAUGCCAAGGAGACAGACGAUCUUCCCCGGCCAACGUGGGGUGCUGAGAAUGCGCCGCCGAUGGUGGGUGCCGUGCAUCGGCGCCCUCGGGACGAAAAUGUAAGAUUUCUAUUUGUUUACGAUUUGCUCACCAUGCUGCCCACUCCUUCACCACCUCCUCAGCCUCCUGUUCUUCCACCCACAGCCAUGCCAGUGCCUAAUCCUCGUCCACCUAUGAGCCAGCAGCCCAUGGCGACUCCCAACAUGGCACCGCAAGGAAUGGGAGCAGCUCCUGAGAUGACCAGCUCGGCACCUGCUAUUCCAGCUGCGCAGAGCUCACCGAUGCCACCAGCCCAGCCGGCUUACCAGACGCACAUGACUCCGCAGAUGUACCAAGGACCGAAUCAGCGCCGUCCAAGCAACUUUGUACCUCAAUCACCCGCUGUCGCAGCUGCGGGAUAUCAAGCUUCGCCCGCUACGUCGCAAUAUGCAGUGCAACAACAGGCACACUUUGGCGGUAAUUUCCCCGCAAAUCGCGCGCAGCCCACCCCAGCUCCUUCCGUCGCACCUCCCCCUGUCCAGGCGUUCAAUCCAAAUGCGCCUCGUCCCGUUGAAGUCUACCAACUCAACGAAGCUGCCAACAACGCCAUUCCACCUGAAAUUCGCAAUCAAUUCCAUACCGACGAACAGGGCCAUGUACUCUUCUUCAGCUCAGCACCUCUAGAUCCGGUUCCCGCCGCGCCUACUAAACUCAGCCACUCCUUGAAAUACCUUGCCACCAAGGAAGAACGACGAGAGAAAGUCGCAGAGUACAAACGCAAAUUCCUCGAGCAACAAGCCCAGAAAGAAGAGACCGCCAAGCGCCAGCGCCUCACAAAAGAAGACAUGGACAGUCUUGUUGAUGAAUUUAUGCCAAAAGCUCUAGAACAGUUGAUUGAACAAAUGGAGGCCGGCACAAAAGAGAUCUACCGUGACGUCUACGGUGAGAAUGCGGAGCAAAUGCGUGCCAUAAGGAUGAAGAAGCUUGAACUUGAGAGAGAAGCGGAUCGAGAGAGAAGAAAGGAAAAUGAGAAAAUCAACGCGCAAAUAAAGGCCAAGCAGGAAGUGAGUCUGAGGAAGAAACCUUUGUACAUGGAUUUUUGA